AUGGACACCAUCACUGCCAACGGAGGCCUUCAGCCCUCGGCCAACACGCCGGCUGCCGGGGCCGAUGCCGAUAUCUUGACCAAGGUCCACCAAGCUCUCGAGGUCGUCCACAGCUCCUUCUCCGCCAACAGCGCUCGCCAGCAAGCUCAGGCCUUUCUCGAGGACGUCAAGGAAGUGCCCGAGGCGCCUCUUCAAGGCUACAAGCUGGCCGCGGACAAGUCUCAGUCCCCCGUCGUUCGCCACUACGCACUCUCCAUCCUCGAGCACUCGAUACGCUACCGAUGGGCAACCUACAGCCCCGAACAGGCAGUCGCCCUACGGACCUGGGUCUUGGACCUCAGCCAGGCGAUAUCGAGGGAGGACCCCAUGUACCUGAGGAAUAAAACUGCCCAGCUGUGGGUCGAGGUUGCUAAACGGUGCUGGGGGGCCGACUGGAUGGACAUGGACGCCAUGCUCCUCCAGCUGUGGCAGACCAACGAUUCCGCCGUCCACAAGGAACUUGUCAUGUUCAUCCUCGAGACGCUGUCCGACGAAGUCUUUGCCGGCGAUGACCCCGUCGUCGCCAUGAGGGAGGGCGUUCUCAGCAAGGCAUGCGUCGAGAUCUUCACCCCGACCGCCGUCCUCGCCGAGGCCUUUCCGAACCGGCAACCGGGCCCGGAUGUCCGCGAGGGCCACGACGGCUGGCUCAGCCGCAUCGCCACCUUGCUCAACUAUUGCAUCAAUUCCCCCGACAAGGAGAACGCCGACGUCAAGGCUUGCACCCUCAAGGCCUUUUCCCUCCUGCUAUCUCUCAUGCCUUGGGCGAUCCCAAAGGCCAUUUCCGCAGCCCACUGCGUCGCCGUCAUGACCGCCGGCUUAGCUUCCUCUCACGUCGAGGUGCAAAAGGCUGCCUUGGAAGCUUUGCACGCCCUCUACGGCCGGACAAACUUCACCGAUGACGAGUUUCUCGACCUCGUUGCUCCCAUGUAUAACCUUGAUUCCGUUGGUCUGUGCAAAAGUCUCUUCGAGUGGGCAACGGUCGACGCCGACGACAUCGACGACGACAAGUACCAGGUUCUGAAGAAGCUUUCAGAGAUGCUCUCCUCCGUCGGCGAUUACUUUGAGCGGAAAUCCGCCAAGAUCCCAAGCACCGCUGCCCGUCCCGAAUUUCUGUCCCUCCUGCUCCAAGUGGUGCAAAGCCCGAGCCUCAUGGUGUCCAUCCCUGUUGUCGUCACCUGGACCAGGAUCCUGGGAAAUCGGUCUUUGGGACACAGUGAUUUGGUCACGCCUCUCAUCGGUCCGCUUCUGGAGGUCUGCGGCUCGAGGCUAGUGCGCUACGAGAGCUUCCGGGACGACUCGACCGAUCCCUCCUAUUUGUUCCUCAUGGAGGACACCGACACGAUGCCAGAGCGACACGCCUUUCUUGGAAACUAUCGCAGAUACAGCUGCCAAAUUGUUGAGCUCAUCGUCCAACUGAGGCUUGUGGAGGCCGUUUCUCACAUUCUCACGAGCACAGAAUACGUCAUUCAACAACUGUCUAAAGAGGAGCCGAUUUUCGACAAACGGAACUAUACCAAGCAUUCGAUGCCAGCCCUGAAGAUUGACGCCCGCUUCACCCUUGUUGAAGCAGCCCUAAAAGGCUACGUUAGGUGGAAGAGGCAUCACACCCAGGAUUCGGCUGAACAAGCAACCGAGGUGGAUGGGCUUCUGGCUUCGUGGUGCGAAAAGCUAUUUCAGAUGAAAUUCGAAGACCCGUUGAUUCGCAAGCGAUGCCUCCAGCUGCUUGUGUAUUUCUCGACCACGGCGUUGAACAAGAACACAGACGUCAUGCUAAAGGUUCUCGAGCACAUUCUCAUGACCUGGCCCGCCCCCGAGCCCGAAUACCGCCCUCUCAACGAAGCGAUCAAGGAGCUGCAGGGAGAGAGCAUGAUUGAGCUUCAACGUCUGGCGGCCGAAAUGCCCGACCACCUCCUGAACGUGUACGGCCAAAUCGAGGCCCGGGUGGAUGAAAUGAUGGCUUCCGGUACCUUGGACGAGAAGCGCACUCUUGCGUACCAAAGCUUUCUUUUCCUCAUCAUCCACCGAUCCAGCACCAUCGACACGGAAACCAAGAUCAAAAAGCUGUCCGAGUUUGUCGAACCUGUCAAGGCUCAGUGGCAGGCCGCAAACGUCAGGGCGUCGCUGAGCUCCUAUUCGAAUUUCUGCGAGUUUCUUGGGCUCGACAAGGCCCAGCGAUACCUGGCCAGCCGCAAGGCGCACGAAAUCGAAGACUGGGGGGCCGCGGCGCUCGAUGCCGAGGGAUUGGCAGUUCAAGUCGAGCUGGAAGAAAGGCUGAAAGGAUUGCCGCUGCGAGCGACCAAGACCUUCCUGGCCUUCUCGGUGGAACGGCUGGAUAAGACGUCACCUUCUUUCCAGGCCUCGUACGCCUUAUGGCAGGAGGGGUUCUCCAGCAUUCUCGCGGAUCUGUUGGAGUACUUGCGAUACGCCCACGCGACGCAUAACCCGGAGAGCUGGCAGCUUCUCGGUCCGGAAAUGCGGCCCGUGGUUUCGAGAAUUCUCAGCGACCGAUUCUGGCAGGCCGGAAUAUCCGAAGGGAGCAAGGACGACUUCUACGCUCGCGUCGUGGACAAGAAGAACACGGUCGAGGGUCUCGCAUCCACCAUCCGCGGCUCCGUGCGAUUUGUCAGGGAAACGGCGUACGCCAUCAUCUACUGCAUGAGCAGGCUGGAGCUGCAGUUUUACGGCUUCGACGGCCUCUCCGGGCCCUUGUCCAACGCCUUGUUCGCCGACUCGAUAUGGCUGUCGACGCACCAGCAGAGCAACCUUUUGAAUCUCGUUCGCUACCUGGUGGACGACUGCCCGGUGGACCACCGGGAGAAUUUCUUGCCUCAGCUCAUCGCCGCCUGCUUCCAGCAGAUGAACGCCAAGAUCCAAGGCGAGUGGGAGAAGAUGGAGCGGCAGCAGACGCUUGCGGCCGACGGCGAGUCGGGGCUUAAGGAGGAGAUGAAGGCGGAGAGCAUCCUGCGGCAGGUCACCUACACGGCCCCUGCCCCCGCCCGCGCGGCGUCCGAAGGCGACGCGAGAGCUAACCGACGUGCCAGGCCCCCCGACGUUGAGGUCACGGGCAGGAGGGAACGCGGGGGCGGAGAACGGCGAGGCGUUCCCGUCGCUGCGGAGAUUCUGCCUGUCGCACCAAGAAAUCGUGGAGCCGCUGCUGGUUUUCUGCACGCACGUCAUACGCGUGAGGGACACGCGCUGCUGCGGAAUGACGCUUCGACUGUUCCUCUCGCUCGUCCCCGAGUUUCAGACGGAGCAGGGGAUCGGACAGGUGCCGUCGAACUCGGGCGACCAGGACGCGAGAAGCGGGCGAGCGUCGUCGAGGCUGCCGCCCAUGCCGCCCCAGCUGGCGAUGGUGAUCCGGGAGUACAUGUCGUCGGACGUGCUCAAGGCCUGCGUGACAUCCUACCACGAGGCGUACUUUGUGGAGGUGCAGAAGGAGUUGGCGUCGUUGAUCGCCGCCAUUGUCGUCUACUACGGAUCGCAGACGGCAACGCCCCGGAACGUGAUGCUGUCGCUGCCGAGCGUCGCGGCGCAGGACCUGGACCGGCUCGGCGAGUACAUGACGAAGCCGGGAUCGCACACGCGGCAGCAGAGGGCCGUCGUCAUGGACCUGCUGAAGGACCUCAAGGGGGUGAGCGUGUCGGAGAUGGGAAAGCUGGCCAAGAGCGCAGGGUUUGA